GGCCGCGCAGGGCCCGCGCGGAGCGGGCGCGGGAGAUGCCGGGCCGGACCGCGGCCACCUGAGCCGCCCGCCCAGUCCCCGCCUUCCGUGGGAAGGAUGUGCACCGCGAUGGCGGGGCGCGCAGCAGCGGCCCCCCGGGGGCCCCACGGUCCCUGGCUCUGCCUCCUGGUGGCCCUGGCCCUGGACGUUCGGAGAGUGGGCUGUGACCAGGACCCCCCAGACCCAGUGCACCUGCCAGCAGCCCUGGAGCUCCUGGACGCCCCUGAGCACUUCCGUGUGCAGCAGCUGGGCCGCUACCCACCUGCCAACUCCUCUCUGGGCUCCCGAUCUGAGACCUUUCUGCUCCUACAGCCCUGGCCCAGGGCCCAGCCACUUCUCCGGGCCUCCUACCCACCGUUUGCCACUCAGCAGGUGGUCCCUCCUCGGGUCACUGAACCUCAUCAACGGCCAGUUCCGUGGGACGUGCGGGCCGUUUCAGUGGAAGCGGCCGUGACUCCAGCGCAGCCCCAUGCGCGGGUCCUGUUCCACCUCAAAGGGCAGGAUUGGCCGCCGGGGCCUGGCAGCCUGCCCUGUGCCCGGCUGCAUGCCACACACGCGGCAGGCACUGCCCACCGAGCCUGCCGCUUCCAGCCAUCCCUGGGCGCCUGCGUGGUGGAGUUGGAGCUCCCCUCGCACUGGUUCUCCCAGGGCUCCACCACGCGGGCCGAGCUGGCCUACACACUGGAGCCGGCCAGCGAGGGCCCCGGGGGCUGUGGUCCCGGUGGGGAGGAGGACACCCGGGAGCAGGCUCUCCCAGUGGGCAGCGUGGAGCUGCGGGCAGCAGACCCCCCACAGUACCAGGAGGUACCUCUGGAUGAAGCGGUGACUCUGCGGGUGCCUGAUGUGCCAGUGCGGCCCAACCAGCUCUUCAGGGCCACCGUCCUGCUUCGGCACAACUUCACAGCCAGCCUCCUGGCCCUGCGGAUCAAGGUGAAGAAGGGGCUGCAUGUGACAGCUGCCCUCCCAGCCCAGCCCACCCUCUGGACUGCCAAGCUGGACCGUUUCAAGGGCUCUAAGCACCACACCACCCUGAUCACCUGCCACCGUGUGGAGCCCACAGGGCCAGACUCCAGCAGUCCCCUUGAACUGUCCGAGUUCCUGUGGGUAGACUUUGUGGUGGAGAAUGGCACUGGUGGGGGCGUGGCGGUCACUCGCCCUGUCACGUGGCAGCUGGAGUACCCGGGCCAGGCCCCCGAGGCAGAGAAGGACAAAAUGGUGUGGGAAGUACUGGUGUCGGAGCGCGACAUCAGAGCCCUCGUCCCGCUGGCCAAGGCUGAGGAGCUGGUGAACACGGCAGUGCUGACUGGGGUGCCCCGGCAUGUCCCUGUGCGCCUCGUCACCGUGGAAGCCGGGGGCGCCCUGGUGGAGGUGACAGAGCACAUCGGCUGCGAGUCUGCCAACACACAGGUCUUGCAGGUGUCUGAGGCCUGUGAUGCUGUAUUUGUGGCUGGCACAGAGAGCCGGGGAGCGCGGGGCGUGCGGGUGGACUUCUGGUGGCGCCGGCUCCGGGCCUCGCUGCAGCUGACGGUGUGGGCCCCACUGCUGCCCCUGCGCAUCGAGCUCAGCGACACCACCCUGGAGCAGGUCCGCGGCUGGAGGGUGCCCGGCCCGGCUGAAGGGGAUCCGGAGUCCGAGGCCGCAGUGGCCACAGAGGAGGCAGAGAGGCGCGCCCGCAGCUGCCGCCUGCAGUACCAGCGCGCCAGCGUGCGCUUCCUUGCCCCCUUUGCGGCCCACCCGCUGGACGGUGGCCGCCACCUCACGUACCUGCUCGGCCCGGACUGGCUGCUGGACGUGUCCCAUCUCGUGGCGCCGCACGCCCGCGUGCAGGACCCGCGUGUCGCCGCACUGGAGGGCGGCAGCAUCCUGGUUGGCCGGGAACCUGGUGUCACCUCCAUUGAGGUGCGCUCCCCGCUGUCUGACUCCAUCCUGGGGGAGCAGGCACUGGCUGUGACAGAUGACAAGGUCUCGGUGCUGGAGCUUCGGGUGCAGCCGGUGAUGGGCAUCUCGCUGGCCCUGAGCCGGGGCACUGCCCAUCCUGGGGAAGUCACAGCCACGUGCUGGGCACAGUCAGCCUUUCCCGCCCCAAAGCAGGAGGUGGCCCUCUCCCUGUGGCUGGCCUUCUCCGACCACACGCUGGCCCCUGCCGAGCUCUACGACCGCCGGGACCUGGGACUGUCCGUCUCAGCUGAGGAGCCCAGUGCCGUCCUGCCAGCCGAGGAGCAGGGCGCCCAGCUCGGGGUGGUGGUGAGUGGGGCGGGCGCCGAGGGGCUGCCCCUGCACGUGGCUCUACACCCGCCCGAGCCCUGUCGGCGGGGCCGCCACCGUGUGCCCCUGGCCUCUGGCACUGCCUGGCUGGGGCUGCCCCCUGCCCCCACGCCGGCCCCAGCUCUCCCAUCCGGCCCCAUCCGGGGCCCACCAGCCACAAAGCCCAGCAUAGGUAGUGAGCGGCGGGCAGCAGGCAGUGCGGGGGGCAGUGUGGAUGUGAGGGGCAAGUUUGAACGGGCAGAAGAGGGGGCCAGGGAGGAGGAGGAGGAGGGGGAGGAGGAGGAAGAGGAAGAGAUGGUCCCUGCCCCUCAGCGCGUCACAGACCUAGAGCUGGGCAUGUACGCCCUGCUGGGAAUUUUCUGCCUGGCCAUCCUCAUCUUCCUCGUCAAUGGCAUUGUCUUCGUGCUGCGCUAUCAGCGCAAAGAGCCCCCCGACAAUGCCACUGACCCCGCCUCCCCCCAGCCCCACAACUGGGUCUGGCUGGGCACUGACCAGGAGGAGCUGAGCCGCCAGCUGGACCGGCGGCCCCCUGGCCCGUCCAAGGGGGAGGGGAGCUGCCCCUGUGAGAGUGGGGGAGGAGGGGAGGCCCCAACCCCAACCCCAGGCCCUCCCGAGGGCACUGCCAGCUCCUCCAGCACCCUGGCCCGCAAGGAGGCUGGGGGGCGGCGGAAGCGCGUGGAGUUUGUGACGUUUGCACCAGUGCCCCCAGCCCAGCUGCCCGAGGAGCCCGUCGGGGCCCCUGCUGUGCAGUCCAUCCUGGUGGCGGGCGAGGAGGACAUCCGCUGGGUGUGUGAGGACAUGGGGCUGAAGGACCCAGAGGAGCUUCGGAACUACAUGGAGAGGAUCCGGGGCAGCUCCUGACCCUGCCCAGCCUGCGUGGCCCAGCGAGGUCGGCCGCCAGCCCGGGCAGCAAGGACAGGGGUCCCAUCAAGGCCCUGGCCUGCUCCUCCUGCUCCUUCUCUGGUGCUUGUUGAUCCAAGUCCCCUGCCCAGUCCCCUCUGCCCUGCCCCUUGUCAUGGACCAGAUUGUGAGGAAGGGCUCAGGCCCCUUAUUUAUGGAAACCAUUUCAUGCUAAUGUUGGGUACAGAAUAAACCGAGAGGGAAACCACA